ACAAUAUUUCUCGGGGUUUCAGGUGUCGUUUCAACCUGACGAAGUGGUUGGUGAAUUUGGGUACAACAACACAUCAACAUGCUCAACAUCCAGCUUCCCAGUUCAACCUCUCAUAGAUUACUACCAGGGGUUACCUUAUGAAGCACAAACGCAUAUUUUGUCCUUCUGUCAUGUGCUGACUAGCACUCUACACCAAUAUAUGGUACCACCCUUGAUAAUGUUGCUGAAUCUUUUGAGGCCAAACACAGAGUUACAUGUCAAGCAGAAGCAAGAAGAAAUGUGUUUACAGAGAACUACACAGAACAGAGAAUUUGAACCAGGACAGUCGGUAAUGAUGCGUGAUUAUCGUGGGAAGGAUAAAUGGAUUCCGGGAAUGAUUGCUCAAAGAACUGGACCUGUUUCCUAUCGAGUGCAAGUGGACCCUUCAACACAGUGGAGGAGGCAUGCAGAUCAGAUUGUAACAUCACAGAUUCCAAUCAUGUUACCAGAUGUCGAGAUACCUGAGCCGAGUGUUUUAAGUUCAGUUUCAAUGGACAAUUGGGCAGAGCAGUUAAAGACGCCAAACAGCAGAUCUUUACCGUCGGUUUUAUCGGACAGUGCGAGGAGAUCAACUCCGUUGGUUAAACCUACUAUUGCGAAAAACAUGGAGUCUAGUCUGUCUACACCGCUGAAAUCAACAACACCCAUCCAGUCCGAGAGACGUUACCCGUUACGUACCCGUCAACCAAAAAUCCUGGAAGAUUAUGUAUACUCCAAGUAA